CCGCUGCGCCGAAGUUGAAAAAAAUUUUCGCCGCGAGUAGAUGUGUCCGCCAAACACGUUUGAAAUUCAGCUUGAGCGGCUGAAACACGGCUGCGUCGUGUAAAAAACUGAAAAAGCCGGCAAAACGAUUGUGUGGAAAACUGAAAGCAGGAGCAAGUGUUGUGUGAUCGAAAACGGUAGCCAAAACGAGGCAUUUAAUAAGCAAACAGGCUGGCCAAUAACCAUUUACCACUAACCAUUAAGGAAUCGUGAUAACAAAACGGAGACGAAAAUCAGACACAAACCGGCAGCUACAUAUUUGUUAAUUUUAAACGUCGUGUGUGUUCCUCUCCUGGCAACAACAACAAGCAUUUAAAUUGCAUUUUUAAUAGUUACUUUAGUUAGGAAAAGGAGAACAGAUAAUGCAAGGUCAUUGAGGUCGAAUAUUGUGAUGCAAGUGACAAAAUCAAAAUUGGAGUAAAUAAGGAUAAAGUUGAAAAUAUAUAAUAUCGUUUCCAUUUUUUCCCCGCUCUUCCAUCGUCACAUUAUUUGAGCAUCUUCGCGUCGCGUAACAGAACGGUAAAUCUUUCGCCCUGCGUGUUUGUGUGCGUGUUUGAGUGUACGUUUUUCGGUUCUGUUUUCGUCUUCUCCUUACCGUUCUUUUCUCCACCUUCAAUUGCCAUCCCAUCUCCUAAUUUCUUCUACGAAAAAAAAAAGGAAAAAUAUCGAUGCCAACAGUAUUGAUGAUCUAAGUCUAAAUAAAAUUUUACUACUGGACAAAUUUUAUAUGUAUAAAGGAUACUGGAGCACAAAAUUACAUGCUGUUAAUGAUUUUAAAGGAGCAAUGCGGAGCAGCGACGGCGCCAAACAAAAUGUGAGGAUAAACCAGCGUUGUUGGAGCCUUCUGGUAUUAUGCUAAAAAUGCUCAAAGUGCGAUAUAAAUUUUUAUGAGUGUACGCGUUGAAUUUUUACAACUGCCUGGGGAGGGGAAACAAAUUAAAGAAAAUGCUCCAGGGAGGACGAUUUAAAACAAUACAAUAGCUUAAAGUGGCAACGGAAAUUGCAUGCAAGCAGGAGGCGUGGCACACUGAACGCCCCCAGCACGUGACGCGCACCAACACACACACACACACAUACACAAACACACACAGUUAAACUAAUAGACGCCAUUUUGUAGCGGUAAUUGGCAGGGCACACGUAAGCAGCUCGCUCCGUCUUAUAUAAAAGCACCACCACCCACUACUACUCACCUCAUCAUGGCCGUUAGCAAUAUUGUCUGCGAGUGGCUAAGAGCUUUGGGCCUGGCCCAAUACGCCGAGAGCUUCCUGGACAAUGGCUACGACGACUUGGAGAUCUGCAAACAGGUCGGUGAUCCCGAUCUGGACGCCAUCGGCGUUGAGAAUCCUGCCCAUCGACACAAGCUGCUGAAAAGCAUCCGAUCGCUGAGGGAAAAGGGCGCUGCCUCCGUCUAUUUCAUGCUCAACGAUCCGAACUCGCUUUCCGGCAGCAUGGAGAUCCUCUGCGAAACACCGCCCAGCAACGAACUGGAACUCGUCCUGCGGGAGCAACUGGAAACGGACGGAGUCCGACUCACCGCGCAUCCAUACUCAACACCGGAUGGACAACGCGGCCAUUUAGAGGGCCUGGCAUCCGUCUAUUGCGAGUUGCUAAUGGCUCCCUUCGGGGACAUUUUGUCGGCUCUCGAGCAGGCGCGCCAGGCGGCCUGGGCGGAGCGGAGUCCGCUGCACAGUACCGCCCAGCUGAUGGGCGGAGUGGGCGGCAUCGGCGGCGGUGGAGGAGGAGGCGGUGGGGCUGGCGGCAGCACGGGCAGCGGAAGCGGCGGUGCGGCCAGCGGUGGCAGCGGCGGGAGCAGCGGCGUACUGCACCAUCGCCAGCAGCACGGCCAUCGCGGCCAUUCGAUGCACGGCGCCGGUCUGCCCAAUAGUCAUAGCCAGCCCAUUUAUGUGCCCGGAAAGUACUCGCCCUCGAGUUGUUUGUCCGACAAGGAGGAGGAUGAAAUCUAUGGCUUUGGCUACGGCGUCUUCGCACCCCGAGUGGCGCGAGGAGGGUUAACGCAACAGCAGCAGCUGCUGCAGCAGCAGACGCUGCAAACGCAGCAGAGCAUACAGCAGCAGCAACUGCAGCAGCAACAACAGUUACCAAUUGUGCCAGGCCAACAGCAACAAGCGGGAGUUGGACCGCAUCAGCAUCAGACUCUGCCACCGAAUGUCGCCCAUUUGAAUUUUGUGCAGCAAAACUGCCUGAGUCCGCGUUCUGCUUAUUUCUAUGAAUUUCCACCGACAGCUGAGGGUCGCGAGACAAAGAAACGCACCACACUGGCCCGACUGCUGAAAGGCUUGAAGACUGUCAAUCGACGGGAUCGGAACAAUCAACAAAAUGGUGCCCAGGCCAGGGCGGCCAACGAUCGUCUGAGGCACUUUCAAAUGAUAAACGGUGGCGCCGGCGGACAGCAGCACAGUUUCGAGGAGACAAUCCAUAGGUUAAAAGUACAAGAGGCCAUGAGGAAAAAGGAAAAAUUUCAACGUGAGCACGAGGAGAUCCUGCGUGACAUUCGACAGGGACUUUUGCAAAUGAGUCGAGGAGAAGGACGCAUGGACGAUACGUACAUGUAUGACGAGGCGCUGAGAACGGGCGCCGGCAUGGGCAUCGCCGGAUUGGGCAUGCCCAUUGGAGUGGGUGGCGGAGGAGGCGGGGGUGCGGCCCAUUAUGCGGUGAGUGCGCUGCAUCAUCAAGGUCAUUGGUAUGACGAGCCGCCCUACGAGAGCGAUCCCGAUGACUUUCUCAUGGCCGGGCUCAACUGCGGACCAGCUGCCACUAUUCAGGGUGGCCGUGUGCGCUUCUCGAACAACCGCGAGAGCACGGGCGUAAUUUCAUUAAGAUCCGCCGGAGAUAUUUCAUUGCCGCAACGUGGACCGCCGCGUAGAGGUCUUAUCGUGCCGCAGCAGCCGCCAAAUCCACCGACAAUAAUACCCUUAACGCACGCCAGAUCUCAUGAUCGUGAGAGCGGCGACUAUGCGGGCUCCAUCUCAGACCUACAAAGCGUUACCUCCAGGCUCAGUGCGGUGUCGAUUGGCACCAACAACUGCACGGCCCGCUAUAGGACCUUAAGCGGCGGAAUCGGGGAGUCGCCAUCGCUGUCGCCCAGUCCCUCGUCGGAUUACGAGGACAUCGGAGUGACCCGGGGUCACGGAUGCCUGCCGCCCAGCCUCCUGGCCGCCAAGGCCAAAAAGAACGGACUGCCGCACGGCAAGGCGAACACCAUUUGCCAAAAGGCCACGGUGCAUCAUUCGGGCGAGAUGCGUAGCUCGGCAAAGGAAAUUGGCGCAUUUAAUGAGAAUGGACGAAACUUUGUUGCCACAAAGGAUACGUCGAGGGAUUUUAGCAAUUCCCAAGAUAAUACCGACCGUGGCAGCAUGAGCGAUCAGGCGUUUGCCUGUUCGGCCAGCUCCGUGGAAAGUUUGCCCAGCGCAUCCGGUUCGAGCACCCAAGCGCUAGUUCGUCCCGGCAGUCCGCACAGCUCGAUUUCGGCCGAGGAUCGCACCUCGAUGGCCAGCUGCAUCUGCAAGGCCAAGGCCCUCGUGGAUAGUUUGCCCAAUCCCUACGACAAGGAGGCACUCAAAUUCAAGAAGGGCGAGCUUAUUGAUGUGCUGUCGAUGAACGCCUCGGGCAUUUGGAAGGGACGAUGCCACGGCCGCGUGGGCCACUUCAAGUUCAUCAACGUGGAGGUGCUGCCGGAGCAGCGCAUGAAGAACUCCAGCAGCAAGACGCUGGCCCCCGGCUCCCGUUUGGCUAAUCCAAUGAUCGGCAAUGGCAACGGCAGCAGCAGCCACAAUGGGGGACCCUGCUCCGUGGAGGACCUGCUGAUUCGCAUCGGACUCAAGGAGUACACCUCCGUGUUCGUGCUUAACGGCUACGAGGACCUCGAACUCUUCAAGGAGCUGGAACCCGCCGACCUGGACUAUCUGGGCAUUCUCAAUCAGGAGCAUCGAGCCAAGCUGCUGACGGCUGUGCAGCUGCUGCAUGACAUUGAAUCUACAAAUUUCGCCCGCACAGGCUCCGAUGUGGACAUAGCCGGCUCCAGCUCAGAAAAUGAUGAGGCGCGGCUGAACAACAUCAACAUCAAGCACGGUGCCUCGCCCUUUGGCCGUCGGCACUUUCCCCGCGACUCUGGCUGCUACGAGGGAUCGCCGCUGCCCAGUUCGCAGACACCCACACAGGCGGUAAAUUCGACGGACGAAUCGAACAGCCUGGACGAUGUGGUGACCAAGUGCUCCAGCGAGAUAAUGAAGCGCGUGGAGAGCGCCCGCCGCUGCAAGGAUAAUCCGUUCAAGGCCACUCUCCCGGGUGGCGGUCGCCUGGGGAAGAAGUCCUUUCUCGGCGGCAACGGCCUUAUGGCGGACGAUACGCUCACGCGUGGCGGGCUUAGCGAGAAGUCGAGCGAUUCGGGGGUCAGCAGCAGUUCGCUAUCGUCGGGUCCGCUGAAGAGCAGCACUUAACAUUUGCCCACCAUACUGGCCCACGAGCUGCUGCUGGGCGUGGGCUCGGGCUCGGGCUCGAACUCGAGCAUGGGCAUGGGCAUGGGAAUGGGCCUUGGUCUUGGUCUUGGUCUAAGCCAUGCACCCUGCACCGGCACCCUGACGCCCCACCACAGCCUGGCCACGGCCACCUCGCCAACCGCCCAUUCGGCGCCGCUGGGCAACAUCUGCAACACGCUGCCACAUGCCCCGAGUUCGGGCCUGUCCAGCAAUCUGCCACUGAACCGCAACCUGGUGAUGCUGCGCAAUCACCUGCGCAAGAAUACGAGCAGUAGUGGUGGCCUGGCAGGAAAUGGAGGAGGCGGCGGCGGCGGCGGUGGCGGCUCAGGAGCAUGCGGUGUGGGAGUGCAGCUGCUGCAGGAUCAGGACGACCGGCUGGAGGAUCAAUAACCCAUUUACUACAUCAAGUUCUUAGUUUAGUCUCCCCUUGAGUUAGGUGUAUUUCAAUUGCUGUGAUUCGAUAGUGAAAACAAAAGGCCAACAUGCGUCUUUCAGUUCAAAUGUAUAGUAUGUAUAGAGAGAGAUAGACAGACAGUUAGGGAAAGAGAACGGUAUAGUGGGGAAUGUGUGCUUAGAAAGAGAUAGAGAGAGAGUUAGUCAGAGUCAGUCAAUCCUUCCUCCGAUAAUGUUGGCAUUUACACAAAUAUAUGUAACACCUAUAUAUAUAUAUAUAUAUAUAAAUAUAUA